UUCUUAUCUUUUUUUAUAAUUUGUUGUGUUGUGGAGAGGAGAAUUCGCCGGAAUUUUCUUAGAAAAACUCAAAAUGUGGUCAUUUGUUGAGAAAAACAAGAAUGAUAUUAUAUAUUUAAGUCUUCUCCUGUUUAGUGUGGGAAUAGGUCCUCAUUAUCGAUACCUGAGUCCCGUUAGUAUUAAGAAAUGGGUUGGUUCUAUUCUUGGUCUGCUGCUGAUCUUUAUUGUGUCCGGUUAUAAUGCUCUCCACCCGAUCUUAUCGGCUACCAUCGGCUUAUUAGCAAUAAAAGCUUCCACUGUUAAAUACUGCCACAUAGUUACCUUUUUCUUUAUGUUUGGCUACUUGUUCUUCUUCCGCCUUGCCGACAAGUUUGGGUUGCCGCUGGCGUCUGGACAGACCAAUCUUAUUGAGAUGAUCAUAGUGCUGAGAGUGGUUGGAGUGGCUUUUGAAAUAAAUGGUUCUUGGCUCGCUGUUGCUAAGGCAAAGAAAGGAGGAGAGAAAGAAGUUAAACCGUCAAGAGAUGGUGUGGAGAGAGAUGAGGAUUUUCUUGAACUCAUAAACCCAAAUUUGGAUGACUUGUUUCAUUACACUUUCAAUUAUGUGGGGUUGCUUACAGGCCCCUACUAUAGAUACAGGACCUUUGAAGAUUAUUUCACAUUGCAAUACCACAAGUAUGCGGAUUGCCUUGGAGAAACUAUAAACACACUGAGAAUUGUUCCUGUCUAUGUGUCUCUGUACUUGGCCUUCUCAACAAUUUGGCCUCUGGAGUAUGUAUUAACAGAAGAGCACAACAAUCGCCACUUCCUGUACAGGAUGAUGUACCCAUGGGUGCUAUUUGCAGCAUUCCGUCAAAGGAUCUAUGCUGGUAUGACCCUUGCCGAGAGUGUGUGCACUUCUUCUGGCUUCGGUGCCUACCCAGUGCAGGGAAGGAACAAGACCGGCCAUGGGCCGACUGUUGGCUACUUGAAGUUGAAACAAAUGUCAGAGGAGGAAGCUAAGAAAUCCCAGUACGACUUCGCGACCAUAGAGUCGAUGGACGUGUGGGGCUGCGAGACCGUGGUGACGCUGCGGGACUCCAUGAAGGUCUGGAACAAGGCCGUCCAGUACUGGGUGGCCAUGGUCGUCUACAAACGGUUCCCGGUUAAACCUUUGAAGAUCCACGCCGCGUUGUUCGUAUCAGUGAUCUGGCACGGCUUCCAUGCCGGCUACUUCUUCUGCAUCUACGCGUGUCCCUUCUACCUCAUGGCGGAAGAUAUCUACUACAAACUCUAUUACAAGAAUGCUACUGGAACCACAAAGAAAGUAAUCGGCUUCAUCAUGUGGUUCCUGCGAUCGCAUUCAGAGUCGUACCAAGCCGCCGCCUUCCUUCUUCUGACCUUCGACCGCAUCUGGAUCUACUACUCCUCGGUAUACCACUACUGGUACGGAGUGUGGCUGGUGUUCCUAGUACUAGGUCUAGUGCUCAACCAGGUGCACCUGAUGUGCAGACCUAAGGUCGUUAGGGAGAAGUCUGAAGUUGUUGAACCUAGUAAGUAAAUGUGUAAGCUUUGUUGAAGUAUCGUACCAUCUGGCAUCGGGGUAAUUCUCGACCAACCGCAAACGCAAUAAAAGUAGUUACCAAUUUGCAAGAAAUUCUAGCACUAGACUCGAAUGGCGUGCGGUAGAGAAUUCAGCUACCAGGAGAAAAACAUAUUUUUAUAUGGAUCUGAUUAGUAUUUAGGUACAAAUAAAAAAACGUAGGUUAUAAAUAGUAGUUGGGGAUCGGUUGUUUUAUUACAUUUAGCAAUAAAAUGGAGGUGAUUUAGAAAUUAGCUAAGGAUACUUACUACAUAUACCUACUUGUUUGUAAAGUUAUUCAAAAUGAACAUGACAUAAAUAUAAGCAGCGGGUUUCAGCUGGGGUCAUAAUAUGUGAAAUUACAUUGUUUGAGAUUAUUUUUAAUAUUGGUUGGUUCCAUUGAAUAUUAUAGAUACUUAAGUGAUUUAUGGGUUUUAGUUUUAAGAGAAAUUAUGUUUUUCCGAAACAUUCCAAACGGCAUUUCAUGUCAUUUUAUAUAAUAUAUUAUCAUGGAGAUUUUUUAUAUUUAUAAUUUUCUAGUCUUUAUCCUAUUUUGUACAAGUUGAUAUAGUAAAGAAAAUCAAAAUGUUGUAUAUUUGUUUUAUUAAAGAAGAUCUAAUAUAA